AUGGAAUUAACUGACAAAUUGCAACCAUUACAAGCAAGCUUCCAGUCGAUGCCAGGCGGACCAGUGAGACCAGGUCCAAGACCUUCAGCAUCAGCCAACACAAGCGGAGGCCCAGGUGCUCAGCAGCAAAUGGGGCCAUCAACCAUGAAUGCCAGACCAAUCACUGGCCUUUCUACAGCCCAGACUCGACCAGGGAUGAGCGUGCCUCAGAGCUCGAUGCCACAGCAGAACCAGGCUAUUGUUGUACCAGGCCAGGAUGCUCUGAUCGCCUCCAUGUUGGCAGCUGCUCCUCCCCAGAAACAGAAGCAGACGUUGGGAGAACGUCUGUUCCCCCUCAUCCAGCGCUUGUACCCAGACCUCGCGGGUAAAAUUACAGGCAUGUUGUUGGAAACCGACAACUCCGACUUGCUGCACAUGUUGGAAUCAACCGAGUCUCUGAAAACCAAAGUUGACGAAGCCGUUGAUAUACUUCAGGCCCAUCAAGCCAAGGAGGCCGCUCCACCAAUGCCAUGGAGAAAGAAUAGUGCAUUCAGAGAAAUUAGACUUAAUGAAAGAAAACCGUUAGAAGAAAAUAGCUUGACGCGUUAA